AUGGCAAGCGAAACCUUUGAUGUGAAGACUGCCCGGGGUUACUUCCCGGCUUUGCAGCAGAAGCAGAUCUAUAUGGACAAUGCUGCAGGAAGUCAAGUACUUGGUACAGUAGCCGAGUCCAUUCAAUCUUACUUGCUGAACUCGAACGUUCAACUUGGAGCUACAUAUCCAGUCUCUCGAGUUUCUACCACUGCUCAGGAAGAUGGAUACAAGGCUGCGGCAAUUUUCAUCAAUGCGCAACCAGAAGAGAUCAGUAUCGGAGUAUCGACCACUCAGCUUCUUCACAACCUCUCAAGCGCCCUGAAGUUCCAAGCUGGCGAUGAGCUAAUUUUAUCCAAGCUCAACCAUGAGGCCAAUACAGCUCCCUGGUGGAGUUCAUCGGAUCCCAAGAACCCCAUCUGCGAUAUCAGCGAGUUAAAGAGCCUGCUUUCGGACAAGACUAGAUUGGCAACUUGUCCUCAUGCUUCGAAUAUCACGGGCACUAUCAGUCCAGUCCGUGAGAUUGCCGAUGCAGUACACGCUUAUCCUCGAGCACUUCUCUGUGUAGAUGGGGUUGCUCUCGCACCGCAUCGACAAUUUGAUGUGAAAGCCCUCGGAGUGGAUUUCUACGCAUUCUCCUGGUACAAGGUGUACGGACCCCACCUCGCACAAUUAUACGCCUCAUCCCUCAUCCACGAUGAAAUUGAGACUCUAGGCCACUUUUUCAAGGCAACGGACACCUUGGACCUGAAGUUGAAUCUUGCCUCGGCAAACUACGAACUGACACAAAGUAUCCCUCGCGUCGUUGAAUUUUUCGGGCGGGAUGCUAGCGCGACGUGGGCGGCGAUGAGUGCUCACGAGGAACGACUUCAACAGAUCCUCCUUGCGUAUUUAGCGGGGGAUGAGCGAAUCACGAUCAUUGGGGAACCCAGUUCGGCGCAGAGGCUCCGUGUGCCGGUGAUCAGUUUUCUUGUCCGGGGAAUGGGUAGCCAGCAAGUAGUGGAGGCGGUGGAGGCGCGAUCCUCGUAUGGAUUCCGAAGUGGGCACAUGUACAGCCAUCGGUUGCUGAAGGAGGUAUGUGGGGUGAAGGAUGUGGAUGAUGGGGUCGUGCGAGUAAGCUUGUUGCAUUAUAAUACGGAGGCAGAAGUUGAAGGACUGGUGAAGGUGUUACAGGAAGUUCUUGCUUAG